AUGGAAAUAUUGGCAAAAGAUAAUAGAAAAGUUAUAAUAGUAGGAAAAAAUGAAAAACCUGAUAUUAAUAGAUCCUCUUUAAAGACAAAAAUAGAAUCAAUUAAUGAAAUUAUGGAAGGAAAAAAUACUGAUUGGUAUUCAAUAUAUAUGACAUAUUCAAUGAUGUUAUUAUCUGGAAUACAAUUAACUAUAUAUUAUACAUCUAUUUGGCCAUAUAUUUUAUUAUUAAAUCCAUCUUCUAAAGUCAAUUUACUUGGUUAUGCUAUAGCUUCUUUUUCUUUAGGAAAUGUUCUUGGUUCACCACUUUUUGGAGGUAUUGCUACUAAAUUAAAAUCUAAUAAAAUUCCAAUUACUGUUGGAUUAAUUAUUGUUGUUAUUGGUAAUAUAAUAUAUGCAUUUUUACAAGAAUUAUCUAAAGAUAAUAUUUUUUAUUGGAUAUGCUUAUCAAGAAUAUUAGUUGGUUUUGGAUCUGGUACAAAUGGUGUUUUAAGAUCAUAUUGUGUUACAGCAUGUAUACCAACAGAUAGAAGAAGAGUUGUUGCAUUAUCAAAUGCUUCAUUUGUUGUAGGUGUAACAAUUGGUCCAGUUAUUCAAGCAUUAUUUACACCUUUAGUUAGAUUUAAAGAAACAUUUAUUGGUUUUGAAGAAGUAUCAUCAUCAAAAAAUAGUGAAAAAUUUAAAGAUGAUGAAAAAUUUAAAUUACCUAAAUUUGAUAAUAUUGCUGUUACUAUUUGUAUAACAAUAAUGUUUGUUCAAUCAUCAAUAUCAACAAAUAUUGAAGCUGUAGCAACACCUUUAUCUAUAGCAAUGUAUAAUUGGAAUGAUUCUGAAGCUGUUUUAUAUAAUGGUCUUAUUAUAGCAUCUUCAGCUAUUAUAAGUUUUAGUAAUUAUAUGAUACAAGCAUUUACUUUUGUUCAUAAUAUUGAUCAAAGAAAACUUUUAAUUUUUGGAUUAAGUAUUUUUUUUAUUCAUCAUACAUUAAAUUAUUCAUGGUUUUUUUAUCCAGAAAAACUUGAUCAUAUUCCAAUAGAUGAAAAUGGAACUGAAUAUUCAACAGUUGAUUUUGGUGGUUGUUCAAAUAAAUAUCAAUGGUGUGAUUAUAUUAAUCGUGUACCAUUAAUAAUUUAUUGUAUAACAAUGAUAUUUUGUUUGGGUUUUGGAUUCCCAUAUACAGCAGCUCCAAAUAUUACAUUAUAUGCUGAUAUUCUUGGUCCUAGAAGACAAGGAUUUAUGCAAGGUAUUUUUGAAUUAUUUGGUUCAAUAGCACGUAUGGUUGGACCAUUUAUUGGAACUUACUUAUUUAACAUAUCAGGAACUUUUGACAAAAUGGUUAAAGAAAUAAAUUCAAAUUUUCAUGUUUUGAAAAUAAAUAUUUUACCAGGAUUUAAUGGUAUAUUAGAAAGAAAAGAAUAUAAAAAGUUAGAAAAUAAAAGUGAUUGGAAAUCAAUUAUUUUGAUAUAUUUAUUUAUAUUUUUAAUUGGAAUUCAAUUUUCAUUAUUUAAUAUAACAAUAUUUUCGUAUUUCUCUUUUCUUGAUCCAUAUGCAGAAUUUCGUACAUAUAUUUUUGUCAUGAUUUGUCAUAUAUUGGGACAAACUACUGGAACAUUAUUUUUUGGUUACAUUAGCGUUAGAAUCAGUAAUUAUAACAAAAUUUUCUUAAUGGCUAUUGGAUAUUUAAUAUUUGGAAAUAUUAUAUAUCUUUUUUUGUCUAUCAUACCAAUAUUUUAUGUUCAAUAUGUUCUUUUAGUAUCAAGAUAUUUAGUUGGAUAUGGCUCUGGUAUAUUAGGUUCAUUAUAUUCUUAUUGUAUUGGUGCUUCAAAUGAAAAUGAUAAAAAAAGUGUUGUUUAUUUUUCUGUUACUUCAUAUAUAAUUGGUAUCACAACUGGUCAUUUAUUAUUUUCAUUAUUUAGAGCAUCUAAUAUGGAACCUAAAAUUUAUUUUUGUAAACUUAUUGUUACAAAAGAAUCACUUCCAAGUCUUUUAAUGGCUUUUAUGUAUUUUGUAUAUCUUCUUAUAUUUUUAUAUUCAUAUGAGGAAAAAUUUUUUGGUAUUGAAUAUGAUAAAAAUAUGCCUAUUGAAAAAUAUAUUACAUCACUUUUUAUUGUUAAUAAUAUUAAAAAAGCAUCUGUUUUAAUAUUUAAUUGGUUUUUUAUUAAUCUAAUGUUUUAUACUUAUGAAUCAUUUCCAAUUUUUUGGACAGAACUAAAUAUAUUGUUUAGAAAAUCUUGGAAAAUAUUAACUUUUGAAUUAGUAACUGGAAUGAUUUUUAUGACGGCUAUUUUUACAGCUCUUUUAAUCGGAUUACCACCAUUAAAAAAAUUGAAACCACACAAUCUGAUUAUCUUUGGUUUCUUUUUAUUAAUAGUUUACAAUAUACUCAAUUGUUCUUUACCACUUUAUAAUAAUAUGGAUAUAAAACCUUUAAAAAAUUCAACUUUUGAAAAUAUUUAUUCUUUUAAUGGAAAUCAGAAUAUACCAUUUGAAGUUUAUGUACUUUCAGCAAUAUUAUGUCUUGGAAUAGGUUUACCAACCAUAAUUGGACCAACUUUAUUUGAAUUCUCAAAACUUUUAGAUAAAAAAAGACCAAGUUUUAUGAUAAAUAUACUUCAUUUAAUUGGUUGUUUUUCUCAGUUGUUGUCUCUAAUUAUGAUUUUAAUUAUUGAACAUUACAAUAUUUCACAUUUUUAUAUGAUUAUUUUUGGAACAUUUUCACUUAUAGCUUUAACUAUGAAUGUAUUUUGUUAUUGUGGAAAAUUUAACAAAAAAGAAUAA